UUUGUCGAAAGAACAACAAGGCGUGGAACUGCGGAAGGGUGUGUUGAGAUUUUGGACCGAUGUGCUGGCUGGUAGCUGAGUCAGAGUGGCAGGUCAUUGCCGUUGCCGCUGAACCCUGAAGGCUAUUGAACCUUCCGUACACAUCAACCUCACCGAUCCGUAUAUCUCCUUUCAGUUACAACCAAAAAUUGUACUUCGUUCUAAGCACUUCACUCUUCAGCCCUUUUUCCGUGUAACAUGAGGUGAGUUGGAGAUGGCAGACUUACCAGGAUAUUUGCGUUCUUGCCUGAGCAUGGGAAAACUUGCCUUUUUGGCAAUCUUGGUCUCUGGGGGAAUUGUCUUGCAAAUUUUGGCGUGUGCUUUGUAUAAUAAUUGGUGGCCGAUGCUAAGUGCUAUAACAUAUGUUCUACUCCCAAUGCCUCUGCUGUUCUUUGCGGGGUCUAAUGGUUCUUCUGUAUUUUCUGAAUCUGAGAGCAGCUGGGUGAAUUUAGCCAAGUUCUUGACUGGAUUCUCAACUAUUGGAAGCAUUGCCAUUCCAAGCAUUCUAAAGCAUUCUGGUGUUAUUGGUUGGGGAGCCUUUGCAAUGGAGCUUUCAUCUUUCUUCGUGUUUGUAUUAGCCAUAUUGUGUUUCAUGGGGAUGAAUGAUGAAGAUGACUAUUACAGUAUGAUAUGAGAUGGAAGUCUACCAGGCAUAAUUUCAUGUGUAAAAAUGGAUUUAUUCUUUGUGUGCGCUAUUGGUUCUCUUGCUUUUAUAAGCUUUCACCUA